AUUCUCUCUCAUAACAUUUUUCUCUAAAAUCAUCUGUUUGUCUGUCUCCAUUCGUAGAUUACAAAUUGAUAAUUGUUUUCUUCUGAGUAAAAUUUUUCUUUGUACAUGGCUACCAACAAGUUUGCAACCAUGUUGCAUAGAAAUACCAACAAAAUCACAGUGGUUCUUGUCUAUGCCAUCCUUGAAUGGAUUCUCAUCAUCCUCCUUCUUCUAAAUUCCCUCUUUUCUUAUCUAAUAAUGAAGUUUGUGGAUUACUUUGGUCUUAAAAGGCCCUGCAUAUGGUGCACAAGGAUUGAUCACAUCAUAGAGCCUGAAAAUAACCAGUGUUCUUGCUGGGAUCUUGUGUGUGAAGCUCAUGCUUUUGAGAUUUCCAAGCUGGGUUUCUGCUUGAACCACAGAAAACUAGCUGAAUCACAAAAUAUGUGUGAGAAUUGUUCAUCUUCGUGUCAGCCAGAGUUUGUGAACUUGCCUCAGAGUUUUGGCCACUUUCCAUGGAUGCAGCAAAAGGGUAUGACUCAUGGUGCUGAUGGUAAUAACAAGGUACUUGAAAAUGGGAUGGAGCCUUUGAGGUGUUCUUGUUGUGGUGACAACUUUGUUAGCAAGUUUUACCUGAUCAGAGAUAAGCCCUCUUCGAGGGUUUUGGAUUGUACCCAGAAAGAGAAUUUGAUUACUGAAAGUGAGGUUGAGGCAGAGGUUGAUGAGGGCCAUCAUAACUCAGAUUAUGGAAUAGAUGAUUUUGUGGUGCUUGAACCUCUUGAAGAGGAACAGAACACUGUAGAGAAAAGGGGAAGCGACAUUGUUUUUUAUGCUGCGGAGGGCUCAGGUAGAGGAGGAAAGGAGGAAGAUGAUGUGAGUAUUUGUUUUGUGCAAGAAGAUGUUAUUUUGGAUUUUGAUUUAAAUUCUAGUGCAGAAUCUGAACCUGUUAUUGAGAAUUGUUACACUCCAUUGCAUACUGUGUCAGUGUCUUCAAGUCUAGAGUGCAGAAAGGCAUUCAAGACCAAUGGGAUUGAGUUAACCCCAAGGAGGAUUAGAGGUAAGAAAUUAGAAUCGAUAGUAGAAGAAGAAAAUUUGGAGCAAAACUGUCAAGAAGUGAAAUUAGCUCCAACGAUUGAAGACUCAAGAAUGAAUGGUAAUGUUGAUGCAAAUAUGAAAGGAAGAGAUGAGGAGUUAUCUUCAGUUGUACCAAAAGUGUUUGAAGAUGCAACACUAAUGCGCGAUGAUGAAUUAGGAGAAGAAGUCUCAACUCAAAAUCAGGAUUUUAUUCUGAAAUUCAAUGAAGAAGUGCAAGAAAUCUCAUCUUGUAGCACAACUACUUUUACUGUCCAAGAUGAUAGUGAGAAUCUACAUAAGCCACACAAGAUGCUAAUACUUCUUGAAAGAAAAGAAUCGGAAACAGAAGUAUCAUUGGAAGUAAGUUCCAUAUGUGAUACAGAAUGUGGUGAGUUGACAAUUGAGAAGUUGAAAUCAGCACUGAAAGCUGAAAGGAAGGCCUUAAAUAGUCUAUAUGAUGAACUAGAAGAAGAGAGAAGUGCAUCUGCUGUUGCGGCAAAUCAAACAAUGGCAAUGAUAAAUAGGCUUCAGGAAGAGAAAGCAGCAAUGCGGAUGGAAGCUUUGCAGUAUGAGAGAAUGAUGGAAGAACGAUGUGAGUAUGACCAGGAAGCUUUGCAGCUUUUGAAUGAACUUCUGAUAAAGAGGGAGAAAGAGAAACUUGAGCUAGAAAAGGAGCUUGAAAUAUAUCGAAAAAAGGUUCAUGAAUAUGAGGUUAGAGAAACUAUGAUAGUACCAACAAGAGAAAGUAACAUAAGAAGCAGAACUUCUCCUCCUUGUAGCAAUGCUAGAGAUAGUGAUCAACAUGAACUACCUAUUGAUAAGAGUCGAUACACAAGCCAAGAAAAUGUUGUUUAUAGCCAUCAAGAAGAGUUCAGAAGCCAGAGCACUUACGAAGAUGGUGUUAUAUAUUUGGAGGAAUCAUUGGAAAACUUGGAGGAAGAGAGGUUAUUGAUUCUAGAACACCUGAAUAUGCUGCAAAAAAAGCUAGUUAUCUUGAAUUAUGAAGAAGAGUAUUUUGAUGGUAUUAAAUCAGAACAUAUUUGUGAAGAGAAUGCAAAUGCAUACCAACAAGACAAUAAUGGUGGAUCAUGUUCAGGAGAGAUUCCAAGCUUCCAAGCUCUGGAGGCAGAUAAAGGAUUUUUAAAGCACUGUAUCAUAUUCUUGAGGAAAGGGGAUAAGGAUUUAGAUCUUAUCCAAGAAAUUUUGCAGCAUCUUCGUGAUCAUAGGAAUGUGGAACUCAGAAUCAUGAACAUUGGAGAAACUCCUGUGUAAGAACUCAAUUAGUUAUUCCAAACAGAUAAUUGGUGAGACAAUACAUUAGAGUAUUAUAGAUUUAUAUUGUUUAUAAGUUAAGAGAGCAUUUACUGAUGUAUUGAGGCCUUGCUAAUCGUAGCUAUAACAUCUAUGCUAUGUUGGAAAUGAUGUAGAAACUGGAAAUGAAGCAUGCAUACACAAGAACAACUUUUGUCCCUACAUAGAUAUGGACAAAUGAAAGUAACUGAUGGAAAGAGAAGAAUCAUGGUAUGGCCAAGUUGACACAAUGGUCAUGGAAAAAACUAACUUUUGUGGGAAAUGUCCAUCAUUACCUUAUGGAAAAAGGUUGAUGAUAUGCAUUAUUAUAUGUUUCUAUGGCAAGGUGAAACCACCAUGGCACUUGUAUUUUAUGAGUAAAGGCCAGGCUAGCAAAGCAGGAGAAAUCCAACUAAGAUUCUGGGGCAGAAUCCAAUAUGUUGUUCAUUAGACAGACAGAAUUAGGGACACUUUUUGUCAGGUUCUCUUUAUCAUCCUUUUGCAUUAUUUCAUCGUAGAGCUUUGUUUGUUUCUAAGUGGGAAAGAGUGAGUCACUUCACUCACUUCUGGUUAAAGUGUUACUUGUGUAGCUUGUCGUAGAGAUAAGUGUUAAUGUCUAGUUUGUUAGAAAUUCAACUGUAAAUUCAAGUUU